AUGCCGCUGAGGUUCCGCUCUGUUGUGCCCUACACACUGCCCGGCGUGCUCCUGUUGAUCGGCUGGUGGUGGUACACGUCGCGGAAGAAAGACCGGCUGGUGAGCUGCGCCGGCCCGGAGCGGUCCCCGGCGGCCGCCAGCACCAAAGCCCCCCAGGCGGAGGGCAGCAACGGAUUGGUGGAAAAAGACACGCCCCCCCAUGACACGGACAGCCCCGUUCACAGACCUGCGCAGGUCAAUAGCCAGAGAACAGAACACGAGAUCACGUCUCGGGUCCACAUUCUGGACAGGGAACCGGCGCUAACGCCAGAGGACGCCGCCGCCCCCCUUGGCAGGCCGCCGCAUUCUGUGCCCCCCGCGCUCGAUAAUGAAGAUAUUUCAAAGGGAUCGCUGACGGACCCCGAGGCAGCGGAAAGGGGUACGCCUCCCGCCGUGGCGGCGGACGAGGAGGCGGCGGCGAUAUCGGAAGAAGCGCCCGCGGAGGAGCACGUCCUGCCUCUCCGGGCCGGCGAGGCCGCCAUCCUCUCCUCCACGGCGGCGCUCCUCUCCGACGCCCAGAGGCCGGAGCCGGAGGGGGAAGUGGCGAAGCAGCACCACGCAGGCGUCGGCGGCGCACCGGGCCACGGCGUCUGCGCGCUCACCCCGCCCCGGGUGCCAAGGGCCGCCCUGUCCGAGGCCGGGUCCCCGGGGACGCCCCCUCCGGCGGAGGACUUGCACAAGUGCAUCCUGACCAGCACGCCCACCGACCCCACAGUCCAGGACCCCCUGUCCACCCCGCCCACGGCGGGAGACGCCCGCGACGAGGACGACACCAACGAGGACCAGGACCUGGAGCUCCUGGCGGCUGGACUCAUAACCGAGGUCAUCUCGGCAGCCACCCAGGAAGUCCUCGGGUCGGCCGGCCACGAGGCCGCAGAGGACCGCCCGCCGGCCUCCGUUAGCUCCCAGGAGGAGCCCACGGCGGCGAAACGGCAGCACCGGCCCUCCACGGGAGGCGCGGAGGCCCGCGAGGCAGCGGAGGAAGAGGCGCAGGGAGUGUCCAACGGCUGCCCCCCAGCGGCGCCCGCCGAGGCCGGCGCCGUCCAGGCGAUAGAGGCACAGGGCGAGCCCAACGGCUGCCCCCUGGCGACGCACCUAGCGGCCAAGCCGAGGGGCGACGAGGCGGCGGCGGCGCUGGCUGAGGACUCGGCCUGCAGCACCUGCCACUCGGAGGACGGCGUCAGCAGCGAGGACCUGCAGGGCGGCGCGGCGGGGAGCCAGAGCGACCCGGCCCAGGGGGCCGACCCGUCGGCCAAAGAGGCGGCGCAGCCCCAGUCGCUGGUGGAGGCCGCCUCCAUGGACGCCGUGUGCGAGAUAAAGAGGCUGCACGACAUCGGCUUGAGGAAUGGAGCCCACGGGCCGUGCGAGGUGGACACGGACCAAUCUGGAGGUUCUGACGUGAACAGCAUGGACUCGGUGGACAGCGGCUGCACCAUGAGCGCCAUCGAGAGCCAGGGCAACAGCGCCGUCUCCUCAAACUCGGAACUCGUCAUUUGGGAGAUCGAGGUGCCAAAGCAUCUUGUAGGCCGGCUGAUUGGGAAGCAAGGGAGAUAUGUGAGUUUCCUGAAGCAGAAUUCUGGUGCAAAGAUCUACAUUUCCACUUUGCCUUAUACACAGGAGUUCCAGAUCUGUCACAUAGAGGGUGUACAGCAGCAGGUUGACAAAGCCCUGGCACUCAUUGGCAAGAAGUUCAAAGACCUGGACUUGACCAAUUUGUACGCCCCUCCUCCACCCCCGCUCACAUUGCCAUCGCUUCCAAUGACUUCUUGGCUCCUGCUCCCCAGCGGAGUGACGGUCGAGGUGAUCGUGGUCAACAUCGUAUCGGCCGGCCACAUCUUCGUCCAGCAGCACACACACCCCACCUACCAUGCCCUGCGAAGUCUGGACCAGCAGAUGUUCCUGUGCUACUCGCAGCCGGGCACUCCCGCGCUGCCCUCGCCCGCUGAAGUCGGCGUCAUCUGCGCGGCGCCAGCAGUGGAGGGAGCCUGGUGGAGAGCGCAGGUCAUCACCUUUUACAAAGAAACCAACGAGGUGGAAAUUCGAUACGUGGACUACGGCGGCUACGACAGAGUUAAGAUCGAUUCGCUGAGGCAAAUCAGGCAAUCGGCCGGCCACAUCUGUGUUCAGUCGGAUUUUGUAACACUACCGUUUCAAGGUGCUGAAGUAUUGCUCGACAACAUUGCCCCACUUCCAGGAGAGGAUCGCUUCUCGGCAGACGCAACCACAGCAUUCGAGGAAAUGACCAGAGGCAUGGCCCUGCUCGCACAAGUCUCAAACUAUGAUAACAACACUGGCCUCCCGCUGGUCCACCUGUGGAACAUGGUCGGAGAUGAGGUGGUUUCGGUGAACCGCGCGUUGGCAGAGAGGGCCCUGGCUGUAUGGGUGGACGGAUUUUGAACUCCCGAUGUGGUUUCGGUUCCAGAUAACUCCCCCACCUCCCCCCCGCUCCCUUUAUUGGCUUCUGGUCGGCAGUCCGGGCCACAGGUCGUCCCGGGGAUCCAGACCCCACAAGACCCCAACGUGGUCCGAGAAGAUUGUCUUUCGUUUUUUCUCUUUUUCAGUUGUGCUCAUCCCCCCCACCCCACCUCCCCCCACCCCUUUGAACACAAAUUAAACCUUGCUUUCAGGCAAAAACAAAACAAAAAAACGACAUGAACGAAGCACUUCUUCGAAUAAGAUGAGCCUUUUCUCUUCUUGUCCACAACGUACAUCAAGAAGAAAAGGAAGAGGUUCUUGUCAUUUUUAAAAGAAAAUCUAUAUUGUAAGAAAAAUAAAGGUACAUCAAAUAUUUUUUUAGCCCCAUUCUACUUUAAUAUAUGCUCUGGGUCUUUGCACACAGACUGUGGAUCAUCUGCAUGGAAGGACGUGGCAAUUCACUGGUUGUGUGUCCAGUUACAAGUAGGCUGAUGUGGGGGUGGAGGAGGCGACUCAAAGGGAGGCGUCCUGUGGCCUCCGCAGGGACUCUGUCUGGACUUUUUACCUGAGAAGACUGAGGAACGAACCAUUUGCCUAUUUUCUUUUUUUUUUCUUCUUUUUUUAAACCCCCCACCCCCACCUCUGACAUACACUACAUUAGAAGAAAUGGGAAAUGUAUUGUACGACACCAAAUGCACUUGAACUUAAUUGCUUUUGUUUUUUUGUUUUUCCCUUUUGUUUUUCUAAACUGACACUGAGCUGUGCAUAACUAUGUCUUCUUUAUGUUUAAUUUGCAUUUUGCUGACUGAGACUACUUGCAAAUGAGAAAAGGGGCCGGAGUGGCAACCCCCUUCGCGCCGGGCUCCGUUUGAAAUGACCGGGGUAGCUGCACGCAUCUUCUCUGCCUUUGGUGGAACCCUCCCCCCCUUCAAAUAUCCACCUUUAGUGGGCUAAAACUCUAAAAGCUCCUCUGUUCUGCUCCGGUCCACGGUCGGAAAGGCUUGAUGGAACCAUAACGCAGUCAGAUGGGGAUUUUUCAGCUGUUAAAACACCAGACAGCCUGUGUUUCUACAGGGCAGUCCAAAGGGAAUUCAGCUGCUCGCCGUCUUGUUAAAUAGUUUCCAUAUUUUUGGAGUUCGUCGACACCAAACCCACCUGAGAAGCUUAUUGGCUCCGAAACCACGAGCUUUACAAUGUAGAAUGGAGGAUUAGACUCCAUCACUGACCCAUUUGUGUCCAGCUUCGGGGAGCGUUUGCAUGUGGCCGGUGGCCCUAAACGUCCAGGGGAAGAUGGCCGCCCCCUGUACCUCAGUGUGGCUGAGGGAGU